AUUGUGGAACGACUAUGAAUUUGCUGACGUAUCAAGCGGAAGUGUGCUUUUCUCAUUUUCCGGUUUACAGAUCCUUGUAGCUCUGUGAAGUUGUUUUGGAGUAGCAAUGACUGAAGCACCGGCAUCGUCUCUCCGGAUAUCGGAGAUUAAGGACCCGGUGGUUCUGUUCGAGCGGUACAGCACCGAUGAUAUCCGCGGUAUAGAGCGGAAAGUCCGCGGGGAGAUCGAGCAGAAAAAGGAAGAACUGAGGCAGAUGGUGGGGGAGCGUUACCGGGACCUGAUUGACGCCGCAGACACCAUCGGAGAGAUGAGGCAGAGCUCGGCGAGUGUUGUCCAAUCCAUCCAGGACAUGUAUCAGUACUGCCACCGACUAAAACAAGGCAAAGUCUGCAUCACCAGCCACACUCAGGAGAAUCAGUGGCAGGACAAGUUCUACACCAUGGCCUCUCAGAUCAAACUCCUUUUGGAGAUUCCCGAGCGCAUUUGGAGUGCCAUGGAGGCCUCCCAGUAUCUUCAGGCAACUCGUCUCUACCUGCUCUGUUGCCAUCUGCACAAUCUCCUUCAGUUGGAAGCUGCUACCGGGGGUUAUUACAGUCCUGCCCUGGCCCGCUUCCCGAUCCUUGUCCGCCAAGUUGCCACAACUGGUCACUUCAG